AAACUCCAGACCCAACAUCGUCCUGCUGAUGGCAGAUGACCUUGGAGUGGGGGAUUUGUGCUGCUAUGGUAACAACUCAGUGAGCACACCAAACAUUGACCGCCUGGCAAGUGAGGGAGUGAUGCUCACCCAGCAUCUUGCAGCUGCUUCCAUGUGCACCCCAAGUCGGGCUGCCUUCCUGACCGGCCGGUACCCCAUCAGAUCAGGGAUGGUGUCUCCCUACAACCUGAAUCGUGCCCUCACGUGGCUUGGUGGAUCAGGUGGUCUGCCUUCCAAUGAAACGACUUUUGCCAAGCUGCUACAGCACCGUGGCUACCGCACAGGACUCAUAGGCAAAUGGCACCUGGGUCUGAGCUGCGCCUCUCGGAAUGAUCACUGCCACCACCCGCUCAACCAUGGUUUUCACUACUUUUACGGGAUGCCUUUCGGACUUCUAAGUGACUGCCAGGCGUCCGGGAAGCCAGAACUGCACCGCGGGCUCAGGAUCAAACUGUGGAUCUCCACGGCACUCACUGGCCUCGUUCCCUUCCUGCUUCUCAUUCCCAAGUUCGCCCGCUGGUUCUCGGUGCCGUGGAAGCUCAUCUUCUUCUCCGCUCUCCUUGCCUUUCUGUUUUUCGCUUCCUGGUACUCCAGUUACGGAUUUGCUCGGCGUUGGAAUUGUAUCCUUAUGCGGAACCACGAAAUUAUCCAGCAGCCGAUGAAAGAGGAGAAGGUAGCUUCCCUCCUGCUGAAGGAGGCGCUUGCUUUCAUUGAAAGGUACAAACGGGAACCUUUUCUCCUCUUCUUCUCCUUCCUGCACGUACAUACUCCACUCAUCUCCAAAGAGAAGUUUGUUGGGCACAGUAAAUAUGGCAGGUACGGGGAUAAUGUGGAAGAAAUGGAUUGGAUGGUGGGUAAAAUCCUGGAUGCCCUGGACCGGGAGCGCCUGGCCAACCGCACAUUGGUGUACUUCACCUCUGACAACGGGGGCCACCUGGAGUCCCUGGACGGGGGUACCCAGCUGGGUGGCUGGAACGGGAUCUACAAAGGUGGCAAAGGAAUGGGAGGAUGGGAAGGAGGUAUUCGUGUGCCAGGGAUAUUCCGGUGGCCGACGGUCUUGGAGGCUGGGAGAGUGAUCAGUGAGCCCACCAGCCUAAUGGACAUCUACCCGACGCUGUCUUAUAUAGGUGGAGGGAUCUUGCCCCAGGACAGAGUGAUUGACGGCCAGAACCUAAUGCCCCUGCUGGAAGGAAGGGCGUCUCAUUCCCACCACGAGUUCCUCUUCCACUACUGCGGGGUCUAUCUGCACACGGUCAGGUGGCAUCAGAAGGACUGUGCAACUGUGUGGAAAGUUCAUUAUGUGACUCCUAAAUCCUACCCUGAGGGAAGUGGUGCCUGCUAUGGGAGUGGAAUAUGCUCAUGUUCGGGGGAUGUAACCUACCAUGACCCACCACUCCUCUUUGACAUCUCAAGAGACCCUUCGGAAGCUGUUCCACUGAACCCUGACAACGAACCAUUAUUUGACUCCGUGAUCAAAAAGAUGGAGGCAGCCAUAAAAGAGCAUCGUGGGACACUAACACCAGCCCCACAGCAGUUCUCUGUGUUCAACACAAUUUGGAAACCAUGGCUGCAGCCAUGCUGCGGGACCUUCCCCUUCUGUGGGUGUGACAAGGAAGAUGACAUCCUUCCCACAGCUCCCUGAGACCAUGGGGACCAUUUGUUACCCACC